CGUCAACAAGUCAGCGAUGGGAAUGCCCGGAGACGUACUAACAGUUUCGGAUUUCUUUCUCGGACUACAGAAUUGGACCAUACAGGGAGCUGGCUGGUCGCAACAAGGAUUGUUUCUAGAAGGCGAAUCUCUUGCAGCUAUGGAUUCCAGUCAGGUCACCAACGGCAUCUGGUAUUUUGCAUCUCCAAGCACUUUUCUCCCUGGUGAUAUGACCUUAGCCUACAAUGGGUGGUUGACAUACAACCUCGGGCAUUACGAGUAUGAAUCCAUGGGUUUACCUCCGAUGCCUGCAUAUGAUGUGCAAUUAGUGUCUAGCAAGAAGAAGUUCACUAUGGGCAUCAAGGGUGUAUUCAGUGAGGAUCCAACUUACCUCAGCCACCUGUACAAUGUUCGCCUUGAUGAAACGUUCACUUCCAGGAAUGGUUCUCAAUGGGAAAUGGUCAAUGUAAAGCUCCCGCGAGAUGGUAAAUUGGUGUCCAGAAAUCCAACGAAGCACGAAUUCAUUAAGUGCUUACAAACUAUGACUGGAAUUUGGAUCAGAGGUUCAUAUUUUCCUGGAAACGAGGCAACUUGGCUGAGGAACGUUUCUAUCAUUGAAGGAUCUCUCAACAAAGGAGGUGAAACAAGUCAAGUUCAAACACUCAUAAAUGGCACUUUGGUGAACUCCAGCUCGACAAGCCCUCCUGCUGCUUCGCAAACAUGUUGCACUUCCAAAACUUGCGUUAGUAACGACUACUAUGAAAUUGUGUUUGAUCGGCCA